GUAGAUAGAGAAACCGACAACACCCGCACCGCCUGCUGCUCUUAAAUUGGUGCGUAAACGGUUUACGCUUCAAUCACCUUCUUGGCUGCCGCAGGAUUGAAGCUUCCAAACAGCGCACAGGGCGAGUGGUCAGAACCUAGCUGGUGAGUGAAGAUGAUUCCUGUGCUGAUCUGGGCUUUGAUAUCACUGAAUGUAGCAGAAAAUGACUUAGAUGCUCUGUACCCUGACCUGGAGCAUUCGAGAACCAUUUAUGUCACAGAAAAUGGCCCCCAACUGUCAGUGGUAGCAGAAAAAACCAAAGUGGUGUCGAGACGAGGGGGAAAUGCUACUUUACCAUGCACGAUUCUAAGGGACCAAACACUGGCACAAAACCGUAAGAUGCGGAUCAAAUGGACCAAGCUGACCUCAGACUAUCUAAAAGAGGUGGAUGUGUUUGUUGCCAUGGAUUAUCACAAAAGGAGUUAUGGCAGAUUCCAUGGACGUGUCCACCUACAAGGUUCUUCGGCCAUGGAUGCUUCUCUAGUCAUUACAGAAAUCACUUUGGAGGAUUAUGGGGGGUAUAAAUGUGAAGUAAUUGACGGGCUGGAAGAUGGAACAGCAGUGGUGUCGCUGGACCUUGAAGGUGUUGUCUUCCCAUACUACCCCCGCUUGGGACGCUACAACCUUAAUUUCUACGAUGCAGAGCGGGCGUGUCACGAUCAGGAUGCCAUCGUGGCAUCUUUUGACCAGCUGUAUGACGCAUGGCGUGGAGGGAUGGACUGGUGCAAUGCUGGCUGGCUGUCUGAUGGCACAGUCCAGUAUCCCAUCAACACCCCCAGAGAACCCUGUGGUGGCAAGAGCACAGUGCCAGGCAUUCGGAACUAUGGGUUGAGAGACAAGGACAAGAACCACUAUGAUGUUUUCUGCUUUACCUCCCAGUACAAAGGUCGUUUCUACUACCUGAUCCAACCCUUUAAGCUGACCUAUGAUGAGGCAGUCAGGGCAUGCCAAAAAGACGGUGCUCAAAUUGCCAAGGUUGGCCAGAUGUAUGCUGCCUGGAAGCUGCUGGGCUAUGACCGCUGUGAUGCAGGCUGGUUGGAAGAUGGCAGUGUCCGUUACCCCAUCUCCCACCCCCGCCGGCGCUGCAGUCCCACUGAAGCUGCUGUUAGGUUCAGUGGCUUCCCUGACAAGAAGCAUAAGCUGUAUGGAGUGUAUUGUUUCAAGGGCCACAACUGAGCCACAACACACAUCCAGCAAACAAUUACAUACA